UCACCUUGAAGGUGCAAAAUGUGAAAAGCACAACAAUUGCAGUGCGGGGAAAUUUGCCAUGCUGGGAACAAGACUUUAUGUUUGAGAUCAACCGCUUGGACCUUGGUCUCACAGUUGAGGUCUGGAACAAGGGACUAAUCUGGGACACCAUGGUGGGAACUGUGUGGAUCCCGUUAACAAAGAUCCGGCAGUCAAAUGAGGAGGGUCCAGGGGAAUGGUUAACACUUGACUCACAGGUAAUAAUGACAGAUAAUGAGAUUUGCGGAACCAAAGACCCGACAUUUCACCGCAUCCUAUUGGAUACUCGAUUUGAGCUUCCACUCGAUAUUCCAGAGGAAGAAGCUCGAUAUUGGGCCAAAAAACUUGAACAGCUGAAUGCAAUGAGGGACCAAGAUGAUUACGUUAUUGAAGAGGAGCAAGAGAACUCUCUUCCUCUUCACCCUUCUCAGUGCUAUAAUGAGGACCCUGACAGUGCCAUGGAUGAUCACGACAGCGAUUACCCUAGUGAAACCAGCAACAGUAUCCCACCCCCAUUCCACUCCACAGCCCAGCCAAACGCAUCUGUGCAUCAGUACCCUGUGCGCUCACAGUACAGCUCCCGUGGAUCCUAUACUGAUUCUGUACAUAGCUAUGAGAUGUCUGACCACCCGCCAAUCAGCCCUACAGGAAGCAGCCGAUAUGCCUCAUCAGGGGAGCUCAGCCAGGGCUCCUCGCAACUCAGCAAUGAUUUUGAUCCAGAAAGCGACAGCCUUCAGGAAUCAGAGCUAGAGGAGGAAAGAGACAGAGACUCAUAUCACUCCUGUCAUAGUUCUGUCAGUUAUCCGAAAGACUCCCCUCAUUGGGAUGGAGAGUAUGGACCAGAUGAAUACAGCGAUGAGGAUGAUGCAUACCCUGACAUUAGAAGCCAGACAUCUGAGAGAGAGAUAUAUGAUGAUGAGACCCUUGAGGAAGAGGACCAGGAAGGGAGAGUUGAGUACAGACCGGAGGAGACAGGGUUUAUUUUAGAAGAGGAGAAAGUGAAGACUCCCACGGAGGUACAAGUAGAGAAGGAAAAGACCCCAGAGGCUGUACAAGAAGAGGAGGUUGUGCCACCUGCACCAGUAGAUCAGACAACCACAACUUCUGAAAGUUUUAGGGAGGAGGUACCAGGAGUAUCCAGAGCAAAAUCUAAUUGGUUGAGAGCAUUUAACAAGGUGCGCCUGCAGUUACAAGAGGUGAUCUACAAAGCAGCUGGGCUUUUAGGCUUACACAAUAAGGGGGAUGACAAAAAGAGGAGAGGAUCUGAGAGUGGCUCCCCCUCUUCACCCCCUCCCUGUAUACAUUCUCUUCCCAAACAUCAGUCUGUCCUGUGGACAGAAGCCAGGGAUGAUCAGAGCAGACCUGCUGGAGGUCUCAUUAUCAUAGAUAGUAUGCCAGACAUUCGGAAAAGAAAGCCCAUACCGCUGGUUAGCGACUUGUCUCUAGUCCAGUCACGGAAAGCUGGAAUAACAUCUGCUCUUGCCACAAGCACCUUAAACAAUGAAGAACUAAAAAACCAUGUUUACAAAAAGACCCUACAAGCUUUAAUAUACCCAAUCUCCAGCACAACCCCCCACAACUUUGAGGUGUGGACUGCCACUACCCCAACCUACUGCUACGAAUGUGAGGGUUUGCUUUGGGGCAUCGCGCGUCAGGGUAUGCGCUGUACAGAGUGUGGUGUCAAGUGCCAUGAAAAGUGCCAGGACCUGCUGAAUGCUGACUGUCUGCAGAGAGCGGCAGAGAAAAGUUCAAAGCAUGGGGCAGAGGAUCGGACUCAGAACAUCAUCAUGGUUCUGAAGGAUCGCAUGAAAAUCAGGGAAAGGAACAAGCCUGAGAUCUUCGAAUUAAUCCAGGAAGUAUUUGUAGUUUUGAAGGCAACGCAUGCUCAGCAAAUAAAGGCUGUGAAACAGAGUGUGCUAGAUGGUACUUCAAAGUGGUCGGCAAAGAUCAGCAUCACAGUGGUUUGUGCACAAGGUCUGCAGGCCAAGGACAAGACAGGGUCCAGUGAUCCGUAUGUUACAGUCCAAGUAGGGAAAACCAAGAAAAGGACAAAAACUAUCUAUGGAAACCUCAACCCAGUGUGGGAAGAGAACUUUCACUUUGAGUGUCACAACUCUUCCGACCGUAUAAAGGUGCGUGUGUGGGAUGAAGAUGAUGACAUUAAAUCAAGGGUAAAGCAAAGAUUUAAACGUGAAUCAGAUGACUUCUUGGGGCAAACGAUCAUUGAGGUCCGGACGCUGAGCGGAGAAAUGGACGUUUGGUAUAAUUUGGAUAAGCGCACAGACAAAUCUGCAGUCUCUGGAGCCAUCCGGCUGCACAUUAGUGUGGAGAUAAAGGGGGAGGAGAAGGUUGCUCCCUAUCACGUGCAAUACACAUGUCUACAUGAGAAUCUUUUCCACUUCCUGACAGAUGUGCAGAAUAAUGGUGUGGUAAAGAUCCCAGAUGCUAAAGGGGAUGAUGCCUGGAAGGUUUACUUUGAUGAGACAGCCCAGGAGAUUGUGGACGAGUUUGCAAUGAGAUACGGCGUUGAGUCUAUAUACCAGGCUAUGACUCACUUUGCUUGCCUGUCAUCUAAGUACAUGUGCCCAGGAGUACCAGCUGUAAUGAGCACCCUCCUUGCCAACAUAAACGCAUACUAUGCUCACACCACCGCAUCCACCAACGUGUCUGCCUCAGAUCGCUUCUCUGCUUCCAAUUUUGGGAAAGAGAGAUUUGUGAAGCUUCUUGAUCAGUUGCACAACUCCUUACGAAUUGACCUUUCUAUGUACCGGAAUAAUUUCCCCGCUAGCAGCCCUGAGAGACUUCAGGACCUCAAGUCAACAGUGGAUUUGCUAACCAGUAUAACUUUCUUCAGAAUGAAGGUGCAAGAGUUACAGAGUCCACCUCGGGCCAGCCAAGUUGUAAAGGACUGUGUCAAGGCCUGUCUCAACUCUACCUAUGAAUACAUAUUCAACAACUGUCAUGAGCUGUUUAGCCGGGAGUAUCAAAUAAAGAGAGAGUUACCACCUGAGGAACAGGGACCAAGUAUUAAGAACUUGGAUUUCUGGUCAAAGUUGAUAACACUGAUUGUGUCCAUCAUAGAGGAGGAUAAGAAUUCAUAUACCCCUUGUCUGAACCAGUUCCCACAAGAGCUUAAUGUUGGUAAAAUCAGUGCUGAGGUCAUGUGGAGUCUCUUUGCUCAGGAUAUGAAGUAUGCCAUGGAAGAGCAUGACAAGCAUCGACUGUGUAAGAGCGCAGAUUACAUGAACUUACAUUUUAAGGUCAAGUGGCUGUACAAUGAAUAUGUGACAGAGCUCCCGUCUUUUAAAAGCAAGGUCCCAGAAUACCCUGCCUGGUUUGAGCCCUUUGUUAUCCAGUGGUUGGAUGAGAAUGAAGAGGUUUCCCGGGAUUUCUUGCAUGGUGCCCUGGAGAGGGAUAAAAAAGAUGGGUUCCAGCAGACCUCAGAACAUGCCCUAUUCUCCUGCUCUGUUGUGGACGUUUUCUCCCAGCUUAAUCAGAGCUUUGAGAUCAUUAAGAAGUUGGAGUGUCCGGACCCGCAGAUUGUUGGACAUUAUAUGCGAAGAUUUGCCAAGACCAUCAGUAAUGUCCUACUUCAAUAUGCAGAAAUCAUCUCUAAGGAUUUUGCCUCCCACUGCUCCAAAGAGAAAAAAGAAGAGAAAGUGCCCUGCAUUCUGAUGAACAACAUCCAACAACUUCGGGUACAGCUUGAAAAAAUGUUUGAAGCCAUGGGUGGGAAAGAGUUGGAUCCAGAAACUAGUGACAUUCUUAAGGGACUUCAGGUGAAACUCAACAAUGUCCUUGAUGAGCUGAGCAGAGUGUUUGCUACCAGUUUCCAGCCACACAUUGAGGAGUGUGUGAAACAGAUGGGGGAAAUCCUAAGUCAAGUGAAGGGGACAGGAAAUGUACCGGCCAGUAAUUGCAGCAGCGUGGCACAGGACGCGGAUAACGUUUUGCAGCCUAUUCUGGAUCCACUUGACAGCAACCUGACUCUCUUUGCUAAGAUAUGUGAGAAGACUGUACUCAAGCGUGUCUUGAAAGAGCUGUGGAAGCUGGUGAUGAACACAAUGGAGAAAAUCAUUGUCCUUCCCCCGCUAACAGACCAAACGGGGACACAUCUCAUCAUCAACGCUGCUAAUCAAUUGGGUCAGCUUUCCAAGUUAAAGGAUCAUAUGGUACGGGAGGAAGCUAAGAGUUUGACCCCAAAACAAUGUGCUGUGGUGGAGCUUGCACUGGACACAAUAAAGCAAUAUUUCCACGCUGGGGGUGUAGGUCUUAAGAAGACAUUUUUGGAGAAGAGUCCAGACCUGCAAUCUCUACGCUACGCACUCUCGCUAUAUACGCAGGCCACUGACACACUCAUCAAAACCUUUGUCCAAUCACAGUCUGCUCAGGGAUCUGGAGUUGAUGAUUCUGUUGGGGAGGUUUCUAUCCACGUGGAGCUAUUUACUCACCCAGGAACAGGAGAGCACAAGAUCAGCGUGAAAGUUGUAGCAGCGAAUGAUUUGAAGUGGCAGACAUCCGGAAUAUUCCGCCCCUUCAUUGAGGUUAACAUGAUUGGUCCGAAUCUUAGCGACAAGAAGAGGAAAUUCACAACCAAGUCCAAGAACAAUAGCUGGGCACCAAAAUACAAUGAAAGCUUUCAAUUCACUUUGGGUAGUGAGAGUGGUCCAGAAUGUUAUGAACUGCAGGUGUGCGUGAAGGAUUACUGCUUUGCCCGGGAAGACCGCACUGUUGGCAUGGCUGUCAUGCAGCUGCGUGACCUGGCACAAAAAGGCAGCUGUGCUUGUUGGCUCCCACUGGGCCGGCGUAUCCACAUGGAUGAGACUGGACUGACUAUCCUGCGGAUCUUAUCCCAGAGAAACAAUGAUGAGGUGGCCAAAGAGUUUGUUAAACUCAAAUCUGACACCCGCUCUCCUGAAGAGGGCAGCUAGGGGGGUGGGACUUUUUUUUACCUGCUUUCUCCCCUGUGGGACAACUAGAUUCACUGCCUUUUUUUCCCAGGCCCACAUGUACAUAGUUUAAAUAAGAAAUAAAGCAUUUUAAAAACACACUGAACCCAGCUCACUGCCAGUAGAUUUCUGUGAACACAUGUGGUUCUACUUAACGCACUACACAGGCUUCUUCUGGCAGUGACUGAGUUAAAGAAUGCACAAUCACACAUACACAUUAAGGGCUGCUUUCAAAUGUGCCAUUGUGUUAACCUUCUCCCUGCUGGAUCACACAAGCUCAGUAUCUGCAGGGUCUUUGUUAAGCUUAUAACUUUGUACCUGCAGCCUGACAGCACCCUGGCAACGGGAGGGUUAACAGUUUGAGAGACCAUGUGCCCCUAAAGAAUGGGGAUUAAAUAACCCCUUUCUUCUCUUUUUUUUCCACACCUUACCCUAAAUUUGCCUGCACUUACCCUGUAAUAUGUAUAUAGAACCUCCCCUCUAACAGUGUCUUAUUCUGUGCAAUGGUGCUGCAUGGGUAACCGUUUUCUAUUAUACCCCGUACCCAACCCUAAACCUCAUCUCCUGACAGAUCUUUGAAUAUGCCAUUUAAUUCCUGCUUGUCCUAAUUCCUUGGACUGGAAGGUCACCUGACUGCAUGAUGCAGCGAGAGAAAAAAAAGGACACUGCCGGCUGCCCGAAUGUUGUCAUCUCACCUAUACAUCCAGCACUGAAGAGGUUAAACAACCUCAGUCACUUCUACCCCACUCCAAAAACUGCACAAGGGGUUAAUCAUAUCCACGUUCUUUUUAAUAAAAUGGCAUGUUUUGCCCAAAAAGAGAUAUCCCUACGUAACCCUUGCUCCUUCUGUAUAUACAACCAUCAUCCAGCGCCCUUCCUCUCCACCCGGGUGCAUGUGGAACAGUUUUGCACUAAUUUGGACAUUUUUUUGGUCUCUGUAAAAAUAUUUUAUUAUAAUGGCCAUUAAAUAAAAAGAAAUAAAGAUA